UACUAACGAGCGGAGGUGUUUCUCUUUUGUUAGUAGGAUGUCAUGUGGACCUGAGAGUGAAGCGUUUCUACUUCUGUUUGUUUAAAGAGAAACUGACUGUUUAAUAAUAAUAAAAGAAGGCUCGCCUUUAAUUUUCAGAAAGUGAGGGAUGUUUAUUUUUUCAUCCCUCUGCUGUGUUUUAUUUCUGACAGGUUGAGCGAGAACGUUAAGGAAAAAUGGACGACACAAGCAAACAGUCUCAUUCAUUUGGGAGUGGACAACAGAGAAGUCCUCACCCCCGACCUUUUUUCUAUGUCCAGCCACCUUCUCAGCCUUACUACUUCUACCAGCACUGGCAGCUCAACAACCCCUACGGUCACUAUGGUUUCCCUGGAGGUUUUAAUUUGGCUCGUCCCCUCCUACAUCCGUACCAGUAUAUGCAUUAUCCCGGCUUUGCCUUCCCACAUGCUCCAGUGUAUCCAAUGGAUUACAGGCGAAUGUUUGAACCCCGCUUCCACGCUCCGUCCUGGGGUGACGUGCCUCGCCAGCACCAUUACUCGCAGCCUCAAGGGCGCAGAGAAAUGUCCAGCUCAGAGGUUCAGACCGACCCCAGCGACGCCAUCACCAAGCUCAUCGAGUGCCUGGAUAAGAUUCGAGAUGGUGAGUUGCAGGGCGCCGACCGAGAGCUCGACUCUGGUGUCGCUUCCCAGUCCUCGGGAAUGAUUUCUCCUGGUGAAGAGAGGAAAAAUGAAGAGCAGGGGAACCUCCUGGCUUCAGUGCCUCAUGACAGCCAUUUGGAGUCCACGGCUGUGACCUUCAGUGACUCCACUGCAGCGGUGUACGACGGGGAGUCGAGCCAAAGGAGCCUGGACGUCCUGAGUCCUGAGGUGUGCUGGUCGGGAGGACUUGGAGAGGACCUGCCUCUUGACAGCUCCUCUGUUCAUGAAGAGUGUCACGAGUCGAAGCACCCAGCUGCAAAUGAACAUUUCUUCCCCCUUGAAAAGGAAGAGGUCACGGAUAUCCAAUCAGAAAUCCCUGUAACUAAUCACAGUCUUCCCAAAUGUGAUUCUGAGGAGCCCCUCAAGGCCACGCUUGCUCCCAGUCACCAGGAACUCAAGGAGACUAAAACCAGCAGUAAAGUUUCAAAGGCAGAACAUUCGCUUUUUGAGGGGGGCAAACAGGAUCAGGGCUACCAGAUCCUCAAACUGCCAUUUGAUAGUGUUUUAACCCCAGGAGCUGGCUGCAUCUCCCCCCCAGCUGCCCCUUACUACUACAACUGCCUAUCCAUGCAGAUGACAGGCGAGCGGAUAAGCGUCCUCAGUCCGUCUCUGGAUGAGCUGUCCUCCAGAGAUGAGAUGUUCUCCACGGACCUGGACGAUGUGGAUUUCUUCCCCAGGCAGGUGUACGCUGGCAGGCGGCUCACAGAGGUCAAAGGUGGAUCCCCUGAAGCUCCAGGCGAAGAUGUGUGGCAGUCAGGAUCGAAGAGGUUCAUGUGCGCCUGUUGUGGGAAAAGCCUGGGUAAAGGGACGGGCAGUAAGAGCAAGGCCCACAGCUCCAAGAUGUACAGGGAUGACGCUGGAGAGUCGGAGGAGGAGAGCAGAUACGUAAGAGGGUGCGAGCAGUCGGUCAGAGUGGUUGUGAGGAAGCAUCCCGCAGCAAGGAAGCCUCAGCCACUCCCUCAGAGACAUCCAGCAAAACCUUGGUAUAAAAGAAGUCCUUACAAAGAGCCGUCGGAUCCAGUGGCGCGGGAGGACCUCCAUGAUGUUUGCAAGCAGGAGCCGGCAGAAGGUGACACCGGAGACGGCAGUGAGUUGCAAUGCAGGACAUGUGAGGACAGACUCUGCAGAGAGGAUCUGACCACAUCUGACCAAGCCAGGUGGGCAGACGCUGACGUGAUCCCCAGGAGGAGACAAACGACCCCUCUGCAACGACAAGAGAUGAACCCUCAGUGGAAAGCGUUGUACCACAGGCCAAGAGACAACCGCGACGAUGACGACGACGACGAGCCACACUGGGAGAGAGGCUCGGCAAUAAGAGGAGAACAGAGAUGUUGACAUCCCUUGACUGACUCUCGACCUUGGUGUGUGUUGAACUGUCCCCCUUAAAAAAUAUUUAGAGCACCGGGUGAAACUCACUGCACAGGAGACCUCUUUAUGUUGGAUAAAAUAAAUAAUAAAAAAAAAAAGGGAUGAAGAUUCUGCACUUUUCAUGAUGGAUUUCACAGACGGGAAACAUGGCUGAAAGGUCAUGUUGCAGAUGAUGGUGUGCCACUGUUUGGGGCCAGUCCAAUAAAAAAUAUUGUCAUUAUUUAA